CAAUUCGACUUCGCUCACCUUUCUGCACUUUCUCUGUGAUCUUCUCUCACUUUCUCAUCGAUCCCCAGAAACCCAUAACUAUAUAAACAAUUCACGCGGCAAGGCAAACUAACUUGUUUUCCUUCCCUCUUUCUCUGCAACGCUUUCUCUAUCUAUCAAGAAACGCGUCUGAAAACUUUCCCUAGAAAGUGACGCGUCCUUCCGGCAACCAAAAUCCCUUUCUUGGAGAGAUUCACCAAAAGGGUCUCAAGAUUUUCCCGAGAAAGUGAUUUUUUUUUCCUGGGUAAUUUCAUAGAUUUUUCUCUCGUAGUAAUAGCCCAAUGUGGACCCGAGACAAGAACUUUGGCACAAGAGGCUUCUCGACGCCGCCUGCGACAUGGAAGACGGCGCCGCCAACUCCUCCGGUGGUGCCGAUGUCAGAGAGGAAGAGAGUGUCGCCUUCUGAUAGAGAGGAUCAUUUUCACGUUGUGCAUAAAGUGCCUGCUGGCGAUUCUCCCUACGUCAGAGCCAAACAGGUGCAGUUGAUAGAAAAGGAUCCAGGCAAAGCCAUAUCCCUCUUCUGGGCUGCUAUAAAUGCUGGGGAUCGAGUUGAUAGUGCCUUGAAAGACAUGGCAAUUGUGAUGAAACAAUUGGAUCGAGCGGAGGAGGCUAUUGAAGCGAUCAAAUCUUUUCGUCAUCUCUGCCCGUAUGAUUCUCAGGAAUCUCUUAACAAUGUUUUAGUUGAACUGUACAAGCGGUCGGGGAGGAUUGAAGAAGAGAUUGAAAUGCUUCAGUCCAAAUUGAAACACAUUGACGAUGGUGUAGCUUUUUGUGGAAGGAGGACAAAGACUGCAAGAUCUCAGGGGAGGAAGGUUCAAAUUACCGUUGAGCAAGAGAGAGCAAGAAUACUAGGAAACUUGGCCUGGGCUUACUUGCUGAAAGGUGAUUACAAAACUGCCGAAGAAUACUACUUGAAAGCUCUGUCAUUGGAGCCAGACAAGAACAAGCAAUGCAAUUUGGCAAUCUGCUUGAUGCGUAUGAACAGAUUUACAGAAGCAAAAUCUCUGCUGCAAGUUGUGAGAGAUUCAUCUGGAAAUAAACCAAUGGAUGAAUCUUAUGUCAAGUCUUUUGAGCGUGCUUGUCAAAUGCUGACCGAGCUAAAGGCACAAUCAGUUUUAAGACCAGUUGAACAGGAUGGGAGAUCUCACAUGUUAUCCAGAAGGCGGGCAGACGGUCGCGAAGAAGAGACUGUAUCUGUUGAUCAAUGGAAGAAAGAUCAUUAUUUCGUAAACCCUUGUGAGAGCAGGUCUAGUUUUUCCAGCAGAAUCAAGGAAAAUCAGGGUGGUAUACUGGGAGCAGAAACAACUUUGAAUGUGAAGACAUUUUUUUCUCCAGCUCCUGCUAUUUGGGAUCCAGAAGUUCAAUUUUCUCAACCAAAAAGAUCUGCAUGGGGAUUUAAUGGUGGACACCCGAGGAGGGAAAUAUGGGGACGUAAAGUUGGAAGUUCAAAUGAAAAACUCUCAUUUGACCAAUGUCCAAGAACAGAAAACGUGCGAGCCAAUGCUGUUAGAAGUCUCAAUGAAGAUUUUCUAGCUUCAACUGUUGGAAAGUCAGAAGUAGCAUUUCACAACUCGGUCUCUAGUUUGUCUUCACCAAUUAGCAGAGAUUCGAGGAGGCCCCAAGGAGAUGCAGCAGUACGAUCUGUUCUGCAACCUAUAUCACGUGGAAAUUGGAAGCAUACCUCUCGGGUGAAUGAUGACUGUUUCCAACUGAAAGACAAAGCCACGGUGGUCAGUUCUUCAAUGUACAGUUGUGGUAAGAAAAGUUGGGCAGAUAUGGUCGAAGAAGAAGAACAACAACAGUUGCUUAGCUCUGAAUACUUUGAAAACAACGAAAACCUGAAUAGUAACAUACCCCCUGAAAGUCAUUGUCUGCAAACUCAAGUGAAAAGUCUGGGUCCAAAGCUUGAAUCAGUUGAUCUCAAAGACAAAAAUGUUAUAUCCGGAAAUGCUGGUUCACCAAGGAACUCUGCAGUGCGCCGUUCUUUGCGCUUUGAUCAGCAGCAGGAGCGAGAAUCAGUGGAUUACAUCAGUUCAUCAUCCCCAGUUCCGAAGGCGGGCAGGAGAAAAAGGUUGCAGAGUUUCCAGGAUAUAACUGAAUUUCAAGAUAGUCCAUGAGGAGUCAGUAUCAGUCUUAUAUUUGCAGUAUCAGGUUGGAGAAUUUCUGUAUGGUUUUAUUCUCAGUGUGACAUUUUU